AUGGCUCGUCUGGCCCUCCAUGUCUUCAUCGUUCUCUGCUUCUCCAUGCUCAACCUAAGCUCCAGUCGUCCAUCUCGCACCAGGAAGGCCGUGUCGCCACGAGGUAACUAUCUGACACAGAGUGGGCAUGCGGCUGCAGAGGAGGAGGAUGUGAAGUCCCAGCUUGAGAAGUUGUGGCAGGAGGUGAAUUCAUUGAAAGAGAUGCAGGCAUUGCAGACAGUCUGUCUCCGUGGAAUCAAAGCUCACAGGAAGUGUUAUCUGACAAUCGAGGAGCCCAAACAUUACCAUGAAGCAAAUGAAGACUGUAUUGCACAGGGGGGGACUCUUGCAACACCACGGGACAUGACGGAAAACAAUGACCUGAGGGACUACGCAAAGAGGAGCGCGCCAGGAUCCAAGGACUUCUGGAUCGGGGUGGCUGACAUAGUGAAAGAGGGCCAGUAUGUUGAUGUCAACAGCAUGCCAGUCAGCUACUUCAACUGGGACCGCUCCAAGAAGCAGCCCACAGGAACCAAGCGGGAGAGCUGUGUGGCUCUGUCAGUGGCUGCACAGGGAAAGUGGUAUGAUGAGGUGUGUCGCAGCCUCAAAAAGUACAUCUGUGAAUAUGUCAUUCCCUAA